UUACGACUGAAAGAACCAAUAGAGAUGCCUCUCAGCCUCAGCCACUCCCCGGUUUGGAAAACAAAACCGCAAAACUACAUUUGAACAGACUAAUCACAGCCCAGAAGCAAAGAGUUCAUUUCGAGAUAAACCAUCGUAGUCCCUGAAGAGACUGAAGAUAUUUCCUGCCCCGUUCCAGCUCUUAGCUGCUUUGCUGAUUGAUGAAGUGCAGAAGGUUUGGAUUGGGAAGUCAGUAUUGACCGUCUAAGAUAAAACUAAAUGCCGUUGCAAAGGGUUAUUUUGCGUAGAUGUUGAUUUAGAGUAUCGGCGUUUAGUAAAAUCCUCAACGGUUGUCUACGUUUCCAAAGGUUCUUUAAUUCUCAAACUAGAAUUUUGAAGGAGCAAUGUAUACGAUUUCCGUCUUAUUUUAAUUCCCUUGUAUUUUUGUAAACGGACAAAACCUCUACUUAAGAAUCGGAACUGUAAAUGUGCAAAAGAUCUAUGGGUUGAAAGUGGAGAGAAAAAUCGCACAGGAAUAAAACAGACACAAGUGCUUUCACGGUCAUAAUGUAGCAUUUAGAGAAAAUAGCACGUGUGGUUGUGUCAUCCCGAUAAAAAAUAAAAGGAAGCUACUGAAUAUCCGUAAAACAUUCCAAACCCCACACUAAUCAGGAAAGCAACCAAGCAAGAAAUGGGUCUGGUGUACUUCGUGUUCUGCUUCAUCGGGCGAUCCAUAGACUUGCUGUGCUUCAUGUUGGACUUGAAUUUUUGGGUCGUCAACUCUUUGAUGAGGCUGCUGUGGGCUGUGUUCUCCUUCAUCUACCAUCUGCCCGCGCUCAUCACCAACGCGCUGCUGGGCUGCUGGAACCUGAUUCUGCUCGGCCUGCUGUCCGCGGCGGAGGCGGUCGUGGGGUUGGCGCAGGGCUCCCUCAACGCGCUGGGCGGCUGCCUGCGGGCCCUCUGCGGCGUCCUGGAGAGCUUCAAGAUGGUGGGCCACCUCUCCUCGCACGUGCUCCUCCGGGCCAGGGACCUGCUGCACCGCGGCCUGCUGUCGGGGCAGUCGGUCCUGCGCCAGCUCUGCGACGGCUGCGGCAUCGCCCUCAGCCUCGUCCUCUACUUCGUCAACACGGUCGUCAACAUGCUCCUCAUCGGCACGCAGAACUGCUUCGCCCUGGCGGCCGCCACGUGGGAGGUGGUGUCCGGGCCCUUCCAGAAGGCCCUCGAGCUUGCCCUCACUCUCUUCAGCUACCUCUCCAGCAGCCUGGUGGGCACGGCCAUCCUUCUGUGGACGCCCUGCCAGGUGGCGCUGGAGUUCCUCUGCUCCCUCAGCCAUAUUUUCAUCAGCGUCUUCCUGCUCAACCUGUACGGCCUGGUGCUCACCCUGGGCAUCGUCUCGGCCACCACCCUCUACCUGAACCCCGACCUGUCCCGGCGCGGGGCGGACCGCACCCUCCACUACAUCAGCACCGUGCCCGCCCUCUACCGCCUCCAGCGGGUCCUGCAGCGCCUCUACCUGCUCGCCUUGGCGCGGGCGCAGGCUGUGGUGGAGGCGGACGUCUGGCAGCGAGGAACCUGGCCGGGCAGCCGGGCCGGGCACAGAAGAGGGGCUACGCAGGCAGCCACGCCAGCGGGAGGAAGUGUGGGGGCUGGCGCCGGGGAGGUCAGGCAGCCAGGGGUCAUGGAGGAAGAAAGACCUCCAGUGGGCGGAACGGCCGCCCUCAUUCAGCACGCCCUAGGUCCCCCAGAACAUGCGGGCGGGCAGGGGGACGAGCCCCCCGAGAACAGUACCCAGUCCGCCUCUGCCACCCCCAGCUCCAGCAUGGACAGACCCUUGCAGAGGUGCCCUUCAGCUGAGGGGUACAGAGGGCCGCCCCCAGACAGCCUGCUGACGAUGCUGAAGGAGCACGAGGAGAGGAAGAAGUGCGUGAUAUGCCAGGAUUGCGUCAAGACCGUCCUGCUGCUGCCCUGCCGGCACCUGUGCCUGUGCCGGGACUGCGCCAACAUCCUCCUGCGCCAGCCCAUCUACCAGCACAACUGCCCGCUCUGCCGCCAGAUGAUCCUGCAGACCAUGGACGUAUAUCUCUGAGCCGAUGGGCUUGAGGACCGCGAGCACGUUUUUACACUAAUGGAAAAGCAGUGCCUGCUAUUGAUGCUGGCAGGAGGGUGAAUUGCAGGUUAAUGAACCAGCUUCUCAAUUAAUUAGAUAGCCUCUCAUACACUAAUUUACACUUGUAGAUGUUCCAGUCUGUUCCAUCUCUGGCUCUAAAAGGCAGCUACAUAGUUGAAUGGUUAAUCAGCCAUCAGUAGACAAGUAGCAAGAUGUCACUCCAAGUGAGUGAUCAAGCCAGGACUGGAAAAUGCAGUUCCAUCGGUAUUUUAUCAUCUUACUUCAGUCCAUUUCUGGAAGGUGUGCAAGGUUUUCAAACUGUUUCUCGUUUUGAGAUGGACUUUUUACAUUAUUAUUCAUUUUCUUGUUUUGUGUAUAUAUGGUAAAUGACGGCAUUAACUCAUCUGUAAGAAGCCGUAGUCCCUUCUUUUUUGGCACGGAAAUAUAGUCUGGCCGGUCCUAUUGCAUUCCUGCCUGGUGCUCUCACCAUCUGAUUGUCCUUCUCCACUGGCUGUCAAUUUUGAAUGUGAUUGAAAUCCUCUCGCAAGUUAUUAUUUGUCUGCUGCUCUGCUUUUUGACAUAGUUGGGGUAAUGUCCUGAGCUCUUGAGGCUUUUUUUUGGGAAGUGGAAAUUGAUCACAUCUAGCAGUUAGGGUAGGGGUCAGUUCCAGGUUUUCCUUUGCAGUUCCCUAUCCUGAUCAGUUCUGUAAAUCUAAAAAAGAAAUUGGAAUUCAAAAUGUAGACUUGACCCCACCUCGGUCAGCAGUGACCACAGUUGAAAAACAGCAGUGCUCUAUGCUGGGUUUCAGUUUAUCUGUGCGUAAUCAAGGUCACUUUCUGAAGGCUUAUUAAUGCAUUAAUUGAAGUUCUCCUCUGUCUUUCAGUCAAACUAGCUUGUGAGAGUUGAGUACUACAUAGCACCUAUGUGUGAUGCAUCUUACAGUGCUUUCUGUACAUCUUCUUGAAUAAUCCAAGCCAAAUGCACUAUUGUACAUAAGAUUGUGUACUGCUGUCUAUUAAAAUAUCUCUGGGAUGCCUUUCAGCCUGCACAUGAAAUUGCACUCUCCUUGUUCAAUUAAAAUGAGUUUCCAUCACUCGUGAUCACACCAGCCCCAUCCUAGGUGUUAAUACUGUGGCUUGCUAUCCCUUCUCAGCUGUGAUCAGGCUGUAUAUUUGCACCCUGCUUCUAGAUGUGUUCAGGCAGGAUGAAAUAGGCACUGGUGGCGCAGUCUUGCCACAUGAAAACAACCCGCUUGAUAUGAUGACCUGAGGCUGCUUAUAAAACUGUAGCUAGCGUGCUCAGCCAGUUAUAGGCUCUCACUGGCUUGAUGUGAAGAAAUGUGCAGUACAGUUUACGAAGUUAGGCUUUUCUUGUGUCUUCUUUGCUGAAGGCUAAUGUUUUGAGAUUUUACACAUUUGUCCACAUGCUUGCACACUGGGUUUUCUGAGCCAUUCGGUCGUUUUCAGAGGUAGAAGCUGAAUUGCACACUUUUAUUUAGUAAAUGUUCUGAUUUAAAGGGUGCAGAUUCCACACACAGCUGAAUAGUAUAAGAUACAUUUGGUAAAGAGAGGGUAUCAAACAUUCCCUUGGUUGUUCUUUCAAGCUUUUAGCAAUGUUGGGUUAUUUUUUAAUUUUGUAUGUGCUCUCUAAUCCUCACCUUUCAUUUCAGAUGCACUUCAGCUUCCUUUCUAGCGCUGUCAAAAGAAGACACCAGUCAUUGAUCUGUUGGCUGAAAUUACAGUUGACGUGAUGUUGGAACGGAGGUGCUUACCUUUCAUUUGGGCCUUGACUAAAAGGGUAUUGAUCAGCAUUCUUUGAAAUAUAACAUUACAGUUUUACAGCAGGAAAACGCCUCUGUUUUGUGCCUGCAAUUAAAUUAGUUUGUUUUGAUCGCCAGAGAGCUGCCCUGAGUGCAACAGAUAGAAAAAGAACAAAUUCCGAUAAGACUUUGUUUGGCUCGGAGGAGGGUGAAAAGUUCUGGAACAAAAAAACAUCUGGUUUAUUUUGAUCUGCCUUCAGUGAUUUAAGACCUCUUCAGAUGUCUCCUAUUUCACUGUUUGAAACUUGGACAAGCUUUUUACUGCCACUUAGAAGAUUUUUUAUUUUCUCAAAACAUUGAGUGACUUUUCCCAUUCCAUGCUAAACAAAUGUAAUUCCUGAUAAUGUUAUUUUUUUUUAAUUCCCGCCUCAGAUAGUAUUUAUUUUUUGGCCUUUUCAGUUUACUAGAUGUUGCAGGAUACAGAAAUCAGUCCCAAAGGAGCUGUGUUAUUGGGUACCUGUGUUCUGGACUCUUCUACGUUGAAAAGUGCAUUAUUUGUCUUGAGUAUUAGAACUUUUUUUAUCUGUGCAUUAAGAAAGAUGCUAAAUGUUCAUGGGUUAGUAAAGGAGUCGAGUCAAAUGUUGUUCACUUUCGCACAGAGGAGAGUUUCUGGGUCUCUGUUUUAUGCAUUCAAUAUUCCUUUGAAAUUUUCAGUAGGGAAGUUCAUCUUGUAUGGUUUGACAACAGUGUUCUGUAACAGCUGUGAAACUUUCUAAAAACACCUUGAUAUAAUGUCUUGACAUUCUAAGUUGUGCUACUGUUGAGAUGACUUUUCUGAAAGCAGGACAUCUCCUUACCUCACCAUACUGUUUAUUCUGUGUGCUGUGUGCUCUCUCUUAUGUUGUAAUGGCUAUGCAAUGUAAUGGUUUAGCAUUGGUUUAAAACUGGGACACUGCUUGCUCCAUUUUGUUUUCCUUAAAAACAUUCCAUGCUAAAUGCUCAAACGAUAACUCACAGUUAUCACUCAUGAAUUUACAAAUAGAUGUAAAAUCAUUUUAACUACAUUGAGAUUUAACGACCAAGGAAGCUGGUUGUGCCAUUGAUUGAUUAAUUUUUAAUAACUAAAGUUCUGUUCAGUUCAAGCCCCUUUGAAAUUAUGUGUCUUUCCUGAUUCAGUCGUGUGCUGGAAACAGCAGGUCACAAUGAAACAUCAAAGGGCAGAUAUUCUCUUCACAGAAGCUUUUCUCCUUCCUGACCUUCAGAGCUGAAUGCUGUGCUCUAGUCCCAGUGAUAAAUUAGGAAAUGUGGGCCUACCUUGUUUGCACAAAAGCCACACUGGUUGAGCUCUAUAAAAUGUUCUGUAUUUGUGGUAGCUCUUCAGGUUCACUCUCUCAAGCACUGAAGGGACAGGGCCUCAACACUUGCUAAAAGCUUCCUUCACUUAGCUUGAGUCAGAGUGGUAAAAUAAUCCAGACAGAAGCAAUCCAGUUGAUUGCUGGCUGUGCUUGGGUCCAUGUUUUCAAACAUGUAGGCAUUUCAUCAUCCCAUGCGAGCCAAUACUGAAACAUUCUGCUUUUCCUUUCUUAAUCAUUGCCGCCUGUGAUCAUGAAAACAGAAGCAGGUGCUGUAAUUGGCAAUUUUAGGAGUGUUUGGUUAACUUAGAUGGUGGAGGGGAACCUUUUAAAAUGAUGCUGGGAAAACAGCUGUCUCUUCAAGUUCAUAUAGGUCCUGGAGCUCUUACUUUAUUCUAUGGGUUGUUGCAAUAAACUGUGAAUACUUCAUUGGACCUUUUAUAUGUCCGCAUCGAUGAAAUGUCUGUGCAAUGAUUCUGAAGUCAGUAUUUUGACAAAAAUAAAUGUGCUUCUU